AUGUGUUGCGAUUGUGAGCAGGCGUCAGUGGUAGUGGUAUCCCGUCAGCGGCUGUCACACGUGUUCAUCAGCACUGGCAGUGUAGCCCUUCAUCUUCCAUUGCCCUCUAUCGGAUCCUCUCUAACCGUUCCAAACAUUCUAUUCCUUUUAGAGACUUUCUUUAAAACAUUUUAUUUAAAGGAGAUUUUCUGCAGUAUCAAAUAUGUUGUUUUCAGAAUGUUCACGAGACUUCAGUUGUGCCUCAUCAUUGUCCUGGCUAUUAUUUCGCUGACAACGGCCGGUUUUUCAUGUUUCUUUGGUGAUUUUCUUUGCAAGCAGGUUGUAUGCAAGGGCUGCAGUUUCUCCGCCUGCAUCAACAGCGAAUGCACGUGCAAGUUUUGCAGCUAA